GUCACAAAAGUGCGGACUCGAAGGAAGACCGCGAGUGGUUAGGGUGACAUUUGGGACAGAGCCAAAGUGUUGAAACCUCUCAAACCAGUUUACAAACACAGAUUGGAGAACACAUGAGAGUAGUUGGGCGGAGACUGUAUACUAGCAGGAAUCCUGUAACCGUGUAAAGGGUCACUCGGUCACGCGUGAGCAUAUGGUGGGAGACGGGACAUACUAAAGCAAAGACGGGAAACACUAAUACUGCAUGUCGCAAAACGACAACAACAAUAACAAGCAGAUACACUGAACUGAAACAUGGCCACACGUGAGGGAAAUGAGCACCCCGUGCAUCACCGGGUUCCUCCGUUACUCACGGAUCUGUACCAGUUCACCAUGGCGUACGCGUACUGGCGCGCGCGCAGACACAACGAGCCGGCCGUGUUCGAACUGUUUUUCCGGGAUAACCCGUUCGGCGGAGGGUUUUCACUCUUUGCGGGUCUGAGCGACUGUUUGCUGUUCCUACAAAACUUCACUUUCUCGGAUGGCGAUGUGGAGUAUUUGCGCUCCGUUCUCCCAGCGGACACAGACGCCGCUUUCUUCACGUACCUGAAGGAGCUGGACUGCUCGGCGGUGUGUGUGUCGGCGGUGCCUGAGGGAUCCGUGGUCUUCGCCCGAGUUCCUCUGCUGGAAGUGUCUGGGCCGCUGGCUGUGGUUCAGCUGCUGGAGACCAGUCUGCUCUGCCUGGUGAACUACGCCAGUCUGGUGUGUAGCAAUGCUGCUCGUUUCCGUGUGGCUGCCGGUCCCAGACGGAGACUGAUGGAGAUGGGGCUCAGAAGAGCUCAGGGGCCCGACGGGGGCCUCACCGCCUCCCGAUACUCUUACAUCGGCGGUUUUGAUUUGACCAGUAAUGCUCUCGCCGGGCGUCUGUUUGGCAUUCCUGUGGCGGGAACAAUGGCACACUCUUAUGUCACUUCCUUCUCCUCCCUGGAGGAGGUGUGGCCACAGACUCUGGUUCCCUGUGGUGGCGACGGCCCGAUUGACUUCAUCUGUCUGGUGAAGGGUUGGCUGGGUCGCGUCUGCCAGCUUUUGGGCUCAAAACCGAACCUCAUUCGAGAGGGCGAACUCGCGGCCUUCCUUUCUUACGCCAUCGCUUAUCCUCAGAACUUCCUCCCUGUGAUCGACAGCUACAGUGUCAGCUGUGGUCUGCUGUGUUUCUGUGCUGUGGCGUUGGGUCUGGAUGAGCUGCAGUAUCGGCCGCUGGGCGUCAGGCUGGAUAGUGGCGACCUCUGCAGGCAGUCGCUGGAAGUGCGCCGAGUCUUCAAAGAAUGCAGCAAACAUUUCUCAGUUCCUCAGUUUGAGUCUCUCCUCAUCGUCGGCACAAACAGUAUUUCUGAACAGAGUCUCUCUGAACUCAACAAGAAGGAUAAUGAGAUCGAUGUGGUCGGUGUCGGGACUCAUCUGGUCACAUGCACACGUCAGCCGUCUCUCGGGUGUGUUUAUAAGCUGAUAGAGGUCAGAGGUCGUCCCAGAAUGAAGUUCAGUGAAGAUCGAGAGAAAAGCACAUUGCCUGGAAGAAAGUCUGUCUAUAGGCUUCUGGACACAGACGCUCAUCCGCUGAUGGAUCUGGUGUGUCUGUCAGAAGAACCGGCUCCUAAAGCCGGCGUCUCACUGAACUGCUUUCCUCUAGGACUGGACAAGACCGUUCAAUCCAUCACUCCUGCUCAUGUAGCCAGUCUACGCUUGGAUGUCUUCUCCCGUGGACAGAUCACAUUCCCCCUCAACAGCGCAUCAGAGAGUCGUGAGCGCGCACAGAUUUCUCUACAAACGCUGCAUCCUCACCACAGGAGACUACAAGAGCCGCACAAUUACACGGUGGCUUUAUCGGAGCGGCUGCACUCCCUGGUCUCUGAUAUCACAAAAGGAAACGGUAAAGGCAGCAACUUCCUGCUGUCGAACUGAAGCCGGAGCCCAGACCAAAGUCACAGCCAUUAAAUCUAAAGGAUAAGGUGCUUCAGAGACGAAUGAAUGAUCUAGUAAUAUAUGCAGCAAUGGUGCAUUUUAUGAUUAACUAAUAAAAUAUGUGAUUAACGAAAAUUAUUAUUUACUGUUAUAUAUAAUAUAAUAAAGUUUUUAUGAAUAAAAGUGAA